AUGGCAGACCAGAUGAACCUCCCCGUCGUCGACCUCGACGUCUACCUCAACCAAGAGGCGUCGUCGCCCGCCGUCGUCGCCGAGUGCGCCAAAGCCGCCAACGCCCUCAUCACCUACGGCGCCCUCGUGCUGCACGACUCGCGCGUCUCCCCCUCGGACAACGAGUCCUUCCUCGACCUCCUCGAGGACUACUUCGCCCAGCCGGAAGCCGAGCUGCGCAAGGACGAGCGCCCCGAGCUCAGCUACCAGAUCGGCGUGACGCUCGAAAACACCGAGAAGCCCAAGUGCGCCGUCGACGAGCCCUGCCUCGACGUCAUCCGGCGCCUGCACCCCUCGCAGCGCCCGCUCGACAUCUCGGCCCACCAGCCCGACCCGAAAUGCCGCUUCUUCUGGCGCAUGGCCUCGCCGCCGCCCUACGAGACGCAGUUCCCGGGCCUCAACGCCGCCAACGUCGUCCCCUCGGCCGACGGCGUCCGCCCGCGCUGGGCGCCCACAAUGGACAAAUGGGGCACCUGCAUGAAGGACGCGUCCGUAAAAACCCUCCCUCCUUCUCAAAAUAUCCCACUCACCAAGGGCAGCGUGUCGAAACUAUCUGAAAUGACAGCCGUGGGCCUCGGCCUCCCAGCAACAUACUUUAGCGACGCCGGCGCAUACGGCCCGCACCUCCUCGCGCCCACGGCGUCCGACCUGACCAAGUACGCGCAAAAGGACACCAUACUAGCCGGCUUCCACACGGACCUCAACUUCCUCACCAUCCACGGGCGCUCGCGCUACCCAGGCCUCAACAUCUGGGCCCGCAACACGGGCGACCGGCUGGCCGUCGCCAUCCCCCCCGGGAACCACCUCCUCGUCCAGGCGGGCAAGCAGCUCGAGCACGCGACGGGCGGCCUCAUCAAGGCCGGCUACCACGAGGUCGUCGUCAACGAGCGCACCCUCGACGCCGUCGCCCGCCGCGCGCGCGAGCUCCCCGACAGGCCGCUGGUCCGCAUCUCGAGCACCCUCUUCUGGCACCUCAACUCGGACUUUGACCUGGCCCCCGUCCCCGAGCUGGCCGCCAGGGCGAGCAGGCUGAGGCAGGAGCAGCGGCUGCUGGGGAGGGACGAGGGCGACGAGCCCAGCUACCCGCCUACCAAGGUGGGACAUCAAGUCCAGGGGGAACUGAAACAUAUUGCUUUGAUGGCGUAG